AUGACAAUGCUGGAAGAAAUUAGAGUAUAUCUAAUGCAGAGAUGGGAAUCCAAUAGGCAAAAGAUUACCAAAUAUGAUAGUAUCGUACUACCUAACAUCAAGAAGAGGAUGGAAAGGGAGUCAAAGAAAACCAAUCAUUGGAUUGUGAGGCGAGCAGGUGAAUAUGACUAUGAGGUGAGGCAUACUUCACUCAAUGGAGAAAAAUAUGUUGUCAACCUUUACAAGAAAUAA